AUGUCAUCGACCAGCGAUCCACCCGUGGUGGAUAUCUUCUACCUGACAUUCAACGCUGGGAAGGCGUUUAUUUCGAGCUCAGUCUUCGGCAAGCACCUGUAUAACGCAUUCAAGGAGAACAACAAUGCCUCCGGCCACCUACCAGAGCUUGUUGUCUUCUCGCUGCAAGAGUCAGCCCCCAUCCACGAUGCCUUCCGCGGCCCGUACUUCUUGACCCCAUAUCUCUCAUGCUACGAGUCCGCCCUCAAUAUCGCUGCCGCUCAGUACAUCGCCGAGGAGGACCGCGAGAAUCGGCCCAAGGACACGCCCUAUACCCUGUUGAAGACGUGCAACGUUGGUAUGACCGGCAUCAUGCUCUUUGCACGAGACCCUACAGCCGUAAGUCGCGUCAAAACUGCCGAGGCGGGAUUCGGAGCUGGAGAUAUGGCAAACAAGGGUGCUGCCGGCCUGCGUAUGGACUUUACAAAGGAUGGGAAGACCACUGAGCUUACCUUCGUAAGCACUCACCUGGCAGCCAUGGAGUGGAAUCUAGAGCGUCGCAACAAGAACUGGGCCAGCGUUGUCAGUAGCAUGGUCUUUGAGAACCCCAAGAAGAUUGUUGCCAAGGAUGUGUCGAGACACGAGCGGGAAGACGAGUCUGAGCCAUUGCUUUUGCACCCCGAGACGGAAAAGCAGUUACACGACAUCAGCAUCUACAAGCCCGGAAGCCAUCUCUUUGUCGCUGGAGAUCUCAACUAUCGUCUUUCCAAGACGUCACCUCCAGCAGGCGCCACAUUUCCUAGCCUUGAUCCUAACAGUGCAGAUCAUUAUCCCCGCUUCUUGGCUCGGGAUCAGCUCGUUGCUGAGAAGGCCGCUGGUCGCACCUUGCAUGGGCUUUCUGAGGCUCCAAUUCACUUUCCACCGACCUACAAGCUCAAUAUAGCCAAAGACAAGAAGAGGCGCCCGUCCGUGUCAGGACUGGUACGCAUUGCACAGGAUGCAGAGGAUCAAGAUGAAGUCGAGUGGGAAUUUGCCUCCCACCGCUGGCCAGGGUGGUGUGAUCGAGUCUUGUAUCUUGACAUACCUCCUUGGGUUGAUCAGCACCCCAACAAGGAGAUCAAGGUAAUUGGAUACAACUGCUUACCUGCAGUCCGCACUAGUGAUCAUCGAGCAGUAUACCUGCGUGCACACAUCCCCGUUCUCUCUCCGGAGGAGCUCGCACCGCCUGCCGAUUCUCGAGCCAAGACGUAUGGUGAGAUACUGGACCCGAGGAUCAAGCUCCCACUGUCCAUUGAACCUGAGGCGUGGGAGCACAGAGAAGCUGUGAAGAAAUGGGAAUAUACAAUCGGCUGGAGUAUGACUAUCGCACAAUCCAAGCAGAGCAUCAUGAUCUUCGUGACGGUUCUGAUUGUCGGACUUGGUGCCUGGUGGUUUAGAGCUCAAUCCUCCUAG